UCGUGUAAGGUCACUCUGUGUGUGUGUUACUCUCCGUCACCGACAAUCACCAUCGGCAGCCACCGGUUUAUCUUCAACAAUGGUUGAGAUUAACUAUGAAUCGAAUGAAAGUCGUCGUAAAAAUAUGGCACAAAUUGUCGCCGUUUGUAUUAAAAAUACUCUUUUGGUUACCUUUGGAAUGACGCUAGGAUAUCCAACCAUUUUAAUACCAGGAUUAGAAAGAGAAUUUAGCGCUACUGUUAGCUUGAUAUCAUGGAUAGGUUCAAUAAAUUUAAUAUGCGUCCCAAUAGGCGGAACAAUUUCCGGAAUGGUAACGCAAGCUUACGGACGAAAACGAACAAUGCAAAUAGUAAACAUUCCUUUUUUGUGCGCAUGGUUGUUAUUGUCUUUUGCAACGGAUAUUACGCAAGUUUUAAUAGCGUUGUGUAUAACCGGAUUAACGGGAGGAUUGCUUGAAGCUCCUGUGAUAACAUAUGUGGCAGAAAUUUGCGAACCAAAACUACGCGGCGCUUUGUCAUCAACAAGUAGUUUAUCAGUAAUUUUAGGAAUUUUAUUGGAAUUUCUUUUAGGCACGUUCCUAUCGUGGAAACAUGCCGCUUUAGCAAACUGCAUAUUUCCGAUAUUAUCGUUUACUUUAUUAUUUUUUGUACCGGAAAGCCCGCAUUGGUUAAUUUUAAAAGAAAGAGAAACAGAAGCGAAAAAAAGUAUUGCUUGGUUAAGAGGUUGGGUUAGCGUGAAAAACAAUAAAACUGUUGAGAAGGAGUUUAAUGAUUUAAAAGUUCAUAUUGAAAGUGAUAAUAAAAAAAGUUUUAAAGAUAAUUUAAGAUUGUUUUCAAAGAAAAACUUUUUGUGGCCGUUUGGUGUUGUGGCUUUAACGUUUUUCUUGGGACAUUUUUCGGGAAUGACUACUUUACAAACGUUUGCUGUUCAAAUCUUUUUAAGCAUAAACGCUCCAAUCGAUAAAUAUGUGUCGACUGUAAUUUUAGGUUGCGCGGAACUUGUCGGAUGCAUUUUAUGUGUAUUUCUUAUUCAUAAAUUAGGAAAACGCUUAUUAAAUUUUAUUUCGUUGAUCGGAACUUCGAUUUGUUUCGUUGUAGUAGCAACUUACGUUUAUUUAAACGAUGUAAAUCAUUUUAACCAAAAAAAUGUAAAUAUCACAAAUUCAAUGAAUUUAUCUUUAAAUUCUGAUACAGAUAUGGUUUAUAAUUGGACGCCAUUAAUCUUUUUAAUUUUAGCUGCUUUAUUAUCGCACAUUGGUAUAAGAAUUUUACCGUGGGUUUUAACCGGUGAGCUUUAUUCGAACGAAACGAGAGCCGCCGGAUCCGGUUUUUCGAGUGCAAUUGGUUAUAUCUUUGGAUUCUUAGCGAACAAAACGUUUUUAUAUAUUGUUGAUGGUUUAACUUUGGCGGGAACAUUUUGGUUAAAUGCCGCGAUCGGAUUGAUUGGUUGUCUUUUGCUCUACAUUUAUUUACCGGAAACAGAAGGUAAAAGUUUACACGAAAUAGCUGAUCAUUUUAAUGGAGGAAUUAAAUUAGAUAAUUUAGUUAAGAAAAAAUGUAGUCGAAAGGAUAAAUUAGAUAUUAAUGGUAUGGAUAAUAAAGGAUUUAAUCCUGUGGAAGAUGUCAAAAAUAUUGACGUUACUAUAAGUAAAUUAUAAUUCUUUUUUAUGUUUAACAUAAAAUAUAAAAUUUUUAAGAUUUUUAUAGGUACAAUUUAUUAUUUGAAGUUGGCAUCGAUUAAUUUUAUGUUUAUAUACAUAUUUGAUGUAGGACUGUGAUAUAUUAAACUUUGUAUUGUGUUGUUAAAGUUUAUAAGUAGAAACGAUAAAUGUAAAUAUAAGUUUAAAAAUA